GUCGAUGCCGACGGAGGUGGCCCACGCGGAAGCGACGAGUGCGGGGGCGGGGGCGUGGGGUGGAUUAGAUUAUCGUCCCCACCCACACCGUUGAUGGCGGUGCAUUCCACCCAAAGCGCAAUCUGGACCGUCCGAUUCCAACGGCUGUGACGGAGCACGUCGAACUCCGUUGGUGAUUAUCUGACACGGUAAACCGUUUAUUAAGAUGACCCUUCAUCGUCGUCAUUAACAGAAAGCUAGAAAUUAGAAUUUAGAGAGAGAGAGAGAGUGUGUGUUGGUGAAGAAGAUCCUCUUUUUCCAUGGGGGAUUUAAUUAAAGGGUGGGAAAUUUUUUAAAGGCUGAUGAGAGAACAGACAUGCGCUCUGCGACUGCUUCGUUCAUGCCUACCCCUCUGCUGUGUUUCUCAUCUUCUUUUGGCUUCUUUUGUUUCUGGGUGUUGUUUUAAUCUUUUGAUUGAGCGUGGUUUGUAAUUGGUUGUACGAAGCUUCUUGUAGCAAGAGAGAGACAGGGAGAGAGGGGCACCUGCGCAGACAUCGAGGUUGAGCUAAGCUGGGGUUUUAGGGAGGGGGAAGGGGUGAGUUUGGAGCUUCUGCAGGGUUGAAGACAAGGAGGGAUGGGGGUGGGGAGAGGAGUGAUUUGAAGGGAAAUAAGUUGGUUGAGAAUUGUUGAUUGUUGGUUUGUAGGAAAUGUUAAUGUAACAGGGGCCCGAUUGGAAUAUUAAUCUUCUGCCAAAUUUUAUUCCAGGGGAGAGGUAGCUAGCUAAUGGGAUUUUCAUGAACUUAAUUGAUUUUUUUUUUUUCAUCGGCGGAAGUUUCGAGGGGUAAUUUCAUUUUCCGCAAGCAAAAUCAAGCAUACAAUCUGGUGAAGCUAUUUAUAGAACCAUAAGCAAUUAGAAAGCCCAGAAUUAAUCAGUUCUAAAGAAGGAAGGUUUAUUGAUCGAAAUUUGAAGACUUCAGCAGGUAACAAUUCAAGUCGUAUAUGCUUAAAGCGGGUUCGCGAGGGUCCCUGAGGCGAAUUUGAAGCAGCAAAGGAAAGGAAGCUGUGAAGAAGUAGAAGAAUCAGAGACGUUGCUCUGGUUAAUUAACUAUACUCGUAAUAUAUAAUCGUCACGAUCGUGAAAUGGCAACUUAUAAUCAGUCAGAAAUGCAAGAGCCCAGUAUUGAUACGGAUAAGCUUAGCUACGAAAUCUUCUCCAUCCUCGAAAGCAAGUUCCUCUUCGGCUACGACGAUCAGAAUAAGCUCUGGAUUCCCAAAAACAUCGAACCCAAAACCGAAGUUUCAGCUCCACCACCUAACGUCGACAAUGGAGGGGUUACAGCAAUUAAAAACCAAAGAGGCAAAAUCUGCAUUCUCAGCAUAGACGGCGGAGCCAUGCGAGGCAUCGUCACCGGCAAAGCCCUUGCCUACCUCGAACAAGCUUUGAAGACCAAAUCGGGAAACCCAAACGCCAGAAUCGCCGACUACUUCGACGUCGCCGCCGGCACGGGCAUCGGAGGGAUCUUCACCGCCAUGCUCUUCGCCACUAAGAACCACAGCCGUCCCAUUUUCCACGCCGAGGACACGUGGAAGUUUCUCGCCGACCAGGGGAAGCGAUUUUACCGCCCGUCCUCAUCGAGUUCCGGUUCUUCGGGUGGGUUCCUCCGACGGCUUCUGCGCGGCGGCUCCGGCAGCUCUGCCACGGUGGGGCUGGAGAAAGCGGUCAAAGAGGUGUUUACGGAUAACGGUCGGAAUCUGACGUUGAAGGACACGCUGAAGCCGGUUUUGAUACCGUGCUACGACCUAUCAAGCUCGGCGCCAUUCCUGUUCUCCAGAGCGGAUGCGCUCGAGACGGACAGCUUCGACUUCCCGCUAUGGGAGGUGUGCCGGGCGACCUCCGCCGAACCAGGGCUGUUCGAGCCGGUCCUGAUGCGGUCCGUCGACGGGCAGACGCGGUGCGCGGCGGUAGACGGCGGGCUCGCUAUGAGCAACCCGACGGCGGCCGCGAUCACGCACGUGCUCCACAACAAGCAGGAGUUCCCGUUCGUACGAGGGGUGGAGGAUAUUUUGGUCCUUUCGCUUGGCACGGGGCAGCUUCUGGAAGGCAGCUGCGAGUACGAGCAGGUUAGGGGGUGGAAGGCCAAGGACUGGGCUCGUCCCAUGGCUCGGAUCGCCGGUGACGGUGCGGCGGACCUUGUGGACCACGCGGUGGCGAUGGCGUUCGGACAGAGCAGGAGCAGCAACUACGUGCGAAUCCAGGCUAAUGGGUCAAGCGCCGGGCGAUGCGGGGCCAAUGUGGAUACAGACCCAAGUGCUAGCAAUGUGAAGAUGUUGAUAGGGGUGGCAGAGGAAAUGCUGAAACAGAAGAAUGUUGAGUCGGUGAUGUUUGGGGGGAAAAGGAUUGGAGAGCAGAGCAAUUUCGAGAAACUGGACUGGUUUGCCGGAGAACUUGUGUUGGAGCAUCAGAGGAGGAGUUGCAGAAUAGCUCCCACUGUUGCUUUCAAGCAAGCUGCCCCAAAACCCACCCACCCUUCUCCCAAUGUUAAUCAUUUGAAAAUUGAAAACAAGAGGGAAAGAUAAAUUAGAGAGAGAGAGAGAGGAAAGCAAGCAUUUAGCAUAGUAAGCUCUUACUUGUGAAUGGAGGAGAUAGGAAGAGACGAAGAGUUCAGGGAAUUGAAUGGAAAGGACAAAGAAGAGUACCCUAAAAAAGUUGGGGAAGAUCUCAGUGGGAUUCUCUGCCUGCAUGCCGGGGGGCGGGGACAACCAUUGUGGUGUCCCCUCCACCUUUCUAAGCAAGGCAAGUAACCAAAAAGAAAAGCCAACGCAAGAUGCAGGCAGGCAAGGUCAAACACCAUCAAUCCACUUUGAAUCCCUUCAUUAUUUUCAUCUCAAAAAUUUAUGCUGAGGAACCCAAAAAAAAAAAAAAAAAAGACUUGUCCCCUCUGCCCCUUCCCUUGCGUUGCUUUUUUUUUCUUCUUCUUCUCUCUCUUAGAUUAUUUCUUUUGAUUUGCCCUUUCAUUCUUAUAUCUCAAAUAUCUAGUGGGUGGUGGUGGGUUUCUUCUAUUGUGAUUUGUGAAGAAAUCCCAGAAAUAUGGCCAUGAUUCUCUGACCUCUGGUAUUCUUUUUUUUUUUUUGGGUUGGUUGGUUUAUUGUAAUCAUGUUGAGUAUAGAUAGUAGUGGUGGAGAAGAGAUAUGAGGGUGGUGGGCAGCUUUUUGAAGCAACCAACAACCAUAUCUCCUGUGAAUGUGACUGGUUGAAGGUCCAAUAUGGGGCCUGGGUCUGGGUGCAUGGGAACACCCUUCUGUAUGCAGGAAAAAAGGGAAUUUUUUUUCUUCUCCUCCUCCUCAUGAACCUAGUAAGUAUUGAGUGUUGGGGUCCUCAAUUUGAUUUUUUUUCUCCUUUGGAAUAUGUUAAUGAUCUUGUGAUUGUUUGGAUCAAAAGAAAAUCUGAAUUUUGUUCUCA